CUAAAGACAACGACGCACCUGAUUCGGUGUCCAGUCCUAAAGACAACGACGGAAAGCCAGAGAUCCAUGUCCAGCCCUAAAGACAAGGACGGAAAGCCAGAGAUAUAUACAGGAGGAAAUGGAGAAGACCCACCUGAUUCGGUGUUCAAAGGAGGAAAUGGAGAAGACCCACCUGAUUCGGUGUCUAGCGAUCAACCCACAUGCCCUCUAUGUAACCUACAGGAGGAAAUGACCAUCAAAACACCUUCACAGAUUGAGAGAGGAAAUGGAGAAGACCCACCUGAUGUGAAACCUACAGGAGGAAAUGGAGAAGACCCAUCUGAUUCUCUACAGGAGAAAAUGGAGAAGACCCACCUGAUUCGGUGUUCAAAGGAGGAAAUGGAGAAGACCCACCUGAUUCGGUGUCUAGCGAUCAACCCACAUGCCCUCUAUGUAACCUACAGGAGGAAAUCUGGCGAAGCACCUUCACAGAUUAGGAGAGGAAAUGGAGAAGACCCACCUGAUGUGAAACCUACAGGAGGAAAUGGAGAAGACCCAUCUGAUUCGCAUACAGGAGGAAAUGGAGAAGACCCACCUGAUUCGGUGUUCAAAGGAGGAAAUGGAGAAGACCCACCUGAUUCGGUGUCUAGCGGAGGAAAUGGUGAUGACCCACCUGAUUCGGUGUCCAGCUCUAAAGACAACGCAGACCCACCUGAUUCGGUGUCCAGCUCUAAAGACAAGGACAUGGAGUCUGAUUGAGAAAAUGGAGAAGACCCACCUGAUUCGGUGUUCACCAGAGGAGGAAAUGGAGAAGACCCACCUGAUUCGAUGUCCAGCCCUAAAGACAAGUACGGAAAGCCAAAGAUACUGGUAUACAGGAGGAAAUGGAGAAGACCCACCUGA